CGUCUGUCUCUCUCUUUGUUGUGAGUACAGGACAGGAAAGUUUGCUGCUCGCCACCAGCCUUGCAGUGUUUGGGCUCAACACUAGGAAAGCAGCAGAUAGAAACUCAGAGAAACUUAGUUCAAACUUCACCUGGAGUCUUUGGUCUCCCUCUCUUCUCAAAUUAAGAGAGAGGGGCACAUUUACGCACCCUUUGCUGCACUCCAAGGGUGCCCCUAUGAAGGCAAUUUGCUGGAUCCUGGCAGGUUUUUACCUGCUUUUCUGCUGCAAGGCAGAAGAAGGACUGAACUUCCCUACUUAUGAUGGGAAAGACCGAGUGAUCGACCUGAACGAGAAGAAUUACAAGCAGGCACUGAAGAAGUAUGACAUGCUCUGCCUGCUCUUCCAUGAGCCUGUGAGCUCUGACAAGGUCUCCCAGAAGCAGUUCCAGAUGACAGAGAUGGUCCUGGAGCUGGCAGCUCAGGUCCUGGAGCCCAGGAGCAUUGGCUUUGGGAUGGUGGACUCCAAGAAGGAUGCCAAGCUUGCCAAGAAGUUAGGCUUGGUUGAAGAGGGAAGUCUCUAUGUCUUUAAGGACGAGCGGUUGGUUGAGUUUGAUGGGGAACUGUCUGCAGAUGUCCUGGUGGAAUUCCUCUUGGAUUUGCUAGAAGACCCUGUGGAGGUCAUAAACAGCAAGCUGGAGCUUCAGGCCUUUGACCAGAUCGACGACGAAAUCAAACUCAUCGGCUACUUCAAGGGAGAAGACUCAGAACAUUACAAGGCAUUUGAAGAAGCUGCUGAACAAUUCCAGCCCUAUGUCAAGUUCUUUGCCACCUUUGACAAAGGGGUUGCCAAGAAGCUAGGCCUAAAGAUGAACGAGGUGGACUUCUAUGAACCCUUUAUGGAUGAGCCUGUUCACAUCCCCGAUAAGCCCUACUCCGAAGAGGAGCUGGUUGAUUUUGUGAGAGAGCACAGAAGGGCCACCUUGAGGAAGCUGCGCCCAGAGGACAUGUUUGAGACGUGGGAGGAUGACAUGGAGGGUAUCCACAUCGUAGCCUUUGCUGAAGAAGAUGACCCAGAUGGUUUUGAGUUCCUGGAAAUCCUGAAGCAGGUUGCCAGGGACAACACUGAUAAUCCUGACCUGAGCAUUGUCUGGAUUGACCCUGAUGACUUUCCUCUGCUCAUCACUUACUGGGAGAAGACCUUCAAGAUUGACCUGUUCAGACCACAGAUCGGGGUGGUGAACGUCACAGACGCUGACAGCGUCUGGAUGGACAUCAGAGAUGAUGAUGACCUGCCCACAGCCGAGGAGCUGGAGGACUGGAUAGAGGACGUGCUUUCCGGGAAGAUAAAUACCGAAGAUGAUGACGACGAUGAAGAUGAUGAUGAUGACGAUGAUGAUGACGAUGAUGACGAUGACGAUGACGACGACGACGAUGACGAUGAUGACGAUGACGAUGACUAACUGUGACUCUAUGCAGUUUGACUUGUGGGGCCCGAGAGCCCUUGCCCUGCGGCAGGUCCCUCCAUUGGAAGACCUAUGUUUGAGCAUCAGCAAGCACCGCCGCUCCUCUUUCCCCCCUGCCCCGCUCCCCCUGCCCUCGCCCGUGCCGGGACCCCCUCGCCUGAUUCCCAGCGGUGCUGAGCCACCGGGACUGCCCCUGCGGAGGGCAGCACCUGCAGGCACCCAGCACCGCUGCAAAUCAUGCCUCCUUAGUAAGGACAGCAGGAAUCUGCAGGGAAUCUGCCCCGAGUGUCCCAGGGCAGGAGAAAAGUGCCUGCCUGCUUGCUGCCACAGGGACGCAGGGAGCCAGUUUGUACUUUCCGUGUUCAUCAGCCCAGCACUUAACAUCCAAAGACCAAAUCUCACUUCAAGACAUAGGGAAAACCCUAACUGUAAAGUUUAGCCCUUUUAUUAAACACAAUGCCCUUUGCAGCUACUCUGCCAAGACCACUCAAUCCUGCAAGUUCUGCUGCGGGAGUCUGUAGCUACUCCCUAACAUGCUAAGAGCCAGAAAAAUGCUUUGGGAGGGGAGGGAGGUUUUAGGGAUGCUAUUAAAGUUUUCAUUGAUUCCACAUAAUGACAGGAUAUUCUUGUCCGGCAGUGCAAUACAAAACCAAACACCGGG